AUGGCCUCUCGCAGCGCGGGGACCCUAGUGACCGAGUUCAAUGCCGCCUACGUGCCCCCAGCCCUCAUGCCCGGGUACAAAGGCCAUGUUCCGGGUGUGGACUUCUCCUUCGGCUCCACCUACGGCACCACCACCCUCAAGUACUUCCAGGACCACCGCAACGCAGCCCUGGAGAACGGCCACACUCCCUUCAGCAAAGGCGGCCACUUCCCGACAGUCUUCUCCCCAAACCCCAACCUGGCGCUGCGUGACCGUGACCGGCACUACUGGCUGCUCGCGCCCAGCUACACCCGCUUCAACCUGGACAGCGACCGCUCCACCGAGCUCAGCCGCUUCUACCAGCUGGCACAGCAGCAUCGACAGUACUAUCGAGACAAGACAGGCAUGGUGUCCCGGGUCCCCUACUUCGUGCUGCCUGUGAAGGAGUGGGAGCGGUACCCCAUCCCCACCGACCUGCCUCCUCUGAGCCCAAAGAAUAAGUGGCACCUAUUCAGAGUAUCCCCCGAGAACCUGAAGACCUACCAGACGUUCCCAUCGGGGAAGAGGGUCUCCUCACAGGAGCGGCAGAGGAGAGACUCCCACUUUGAGUUCCGAGCAUGA